UGGCAGGUGAUGGGCGACGACAAAUGGCGUUGGGUACGGGUACGGGUACGGCUGCUGAUGCGCCUGCGCCUGCGCAAGCUGCUGUGACAUGACGAAGAGGUGCACAGGCCGAAUUACGACGGCUUCUCAUGAUAUGCGAAGAGGCAACCGGAGGGAGCGAUUGAUUCUAGUGUUGUUCCAGUGCCGGUAUGCUGGAGCUGGACAUGCUUCGAUUACCAGCUGACGUCUGCAACCGACGUUGCAAGGAAGGAGGAGGGACAUUCGCCCACUGGCGACUUGAAUGCACGCCGCUGCUGAUCAGCUCCCUUCGCGCAGCAUGCCGACUUUUUCGAAUAAGGGACUCGUCGGUCAAUUCCCGACGCUGCUACUGCUCCUUCCUUGCCGCCGCUGUUGCUGCUUUUGUGACGGCGCUAAGUUUCCAGCAUGCCUCGCUUUGGCUGCACAUUCGCCGGUACUAAAGCAACUGAAGUCAGGCUCUGCGAGGACGAUAGAGGAGAGUGUACAAGAUGCACCAUUUUGGCACAGAGCAAGCCGCAAGCACUCCCAAGGGUACUCAUUUCCGCCGGGCCCUUGCGCCAACCCCCCUGAUAGCCCGGCAUCUCACGUAUGCAGAUACAGGGUAUCCUUUGUAGGUGCAGACAUGCAAAUAGUCUAGAAUGUGUUUGCAAUUCUUGAUCCCUCAAUCUGAUCG